AUGGAACGAUUUUUUCAACCGAAACGAAAGUCUAUACCUAGUUCUCCUAGUUCUAGUUGUGCUUCUAGUCCCGCCACUGCUUCUAGCCGAGCACUCGAGUUAUUAAAUAGCACAAAGAAGUCUCGGGCUCAAUUCAAUGUAGAUGAUCUUAUAUCUGAUCCAGGAAAACGUCCCCCUAUCGAGUCAUAUGAUCCUAAUAUCAGAAAUGAUGUUAGGAUGACAUAUUUGCAAAAAGGUCCUUGUCAGCCACAUGGACAUGACUUUUCAAGGAGACGGAUAGGAAAUGAUAAUAGGUGUUUUCAAAGAGAAUGGUUUUCUGAAUUUUAUUGGUUGAAGUACAGUAUAGAAAAUGAUGCGGCUUAUUGUUUGCAUUGCUACUUAUUCAAACCAGAUAGAGGUGGUCAAGGGGGUGGACAUAUAUUCACUAAGACUGGCUUUAGGGAUUGGAAGCACAAAAUUACAUUGAAAGAUCAUGUCGGGCUCAUUGAUAGUGCUCAUAAUCAAGUUUUUGCAAAGUGCACCAAUUUGAUGAAUCAAAAGCAAA